UGAACUCAUUAUUUUGCAAAUGAAUAUCAUUAUCACACUAUUUUGUACCACAUGGACCAUUCUGCGCAUGCGUAGUAGAAAUAAUGAGAUAGAAAUCCAAGAAUAAAAUCUGAUGCGGGCGGUGGACCAGAAACCAGAGUAUCACUUGGAGUGGCCUAAUGUGUGUAUGCAAGCCAGUUCAUACAUGAGGUAAUUAAUAACAGCCGAUUAGUUUGGCACACAAGUGCACUUGCUAUAACAGCUAUAGACUAUCAGUUCACAAGCUAUCUAACUCUAUUAAUGAUAAUUACAUGUACAGAUCUAGAACUAAAGUGACGAUAAUUAAAAAGACAUCAGUGCAUUUGUAAUAAUCAUGGCAUUUCAACUGUUGAUGAUCUGCUCUCUCCUUGGUCUGGGGUCAGCCUGGAACCAACCCAGCACCUGCUACGUGAGACAGUCUUCAUGCUCUGGGGACUCGGAGGUCAAAGAGGACAUCAGAAGGAUAAGACAAACUUUGGAGAACUCAUUGACAUCAAUUAGCGCUUCACUGGAACAACUUGUUAAACAAAAGUGUGAGGCUGUAAAUACCGACCCUCCAACGGAACCAGCUGCAACUACCGACCAUCCAACAGAACCAGCUGUAACUACCGACCCUCCAACAGAACCAGCUGCAACUACCGACCCUCCAACAGAACCAACUGCAACUACUGACCCUCCAACAGAACCAGCUGCAACUACCGACCCUCCAACGGAACCAGCUGCAACUACCGAGAUACCUCCUCCAAUAGGAACAUUUGAUGAUCCAGCAAGCUCUUGUAGUGACAUCUCCUCUCAAGGCCGACCAUCUGGAGAAUACUGGAUUGCCACUGACCGUACUAGCUCUCCUGCUCAGGUUUACUGUGACAUGAAUCGAACAAGCUGUAGCUGCAACACUACAGGAGGAUGGAUGAGGGUGGCCAACCUUGACAUGACUGAUCCCAACCAAAACUGCCCAGCUGGAUUCGGACAGGUAACCAGGGAAGAACCACCAUUGCGUACUUGUGGCCGAGUGGAAGGACCAGGAUGUACUUCCACUACCUAUUCAACUUAUGGGGUGGAGUACUCAAAAGUUUGUGGUCGAAUCAUUGCCUAUCAAAAUAGUUCACCGGAUGCUUUUGACCCAUAUUUCUCCAACAGAAAUUUAUCUAUUGAUGAUGUUUACGUUGAUGGUGUGAGCCUAACCCAUGGCCAGUCGCCUCGUCAGCACAUCUGGACAUUUGCUAAUGCACUUGAUGAAGUUCGAUCCGAUAGAGUGACAUGUCCUUGCACAAGACCUGACCUCCCCUACACUGGAGUCGUACCUCCCUUCAUCGGUCAAGACUACUUCUGUGAAACUGGAAGUCGACACGCAUUUAGUUUUAUAUUCUACCCUGAUGAUCCACUCUGGGAUGGUCAGGGAUGCGGGUGUACCAGUACUUGCUGUGAGUUUAACAAUCCACCGUGGUUCUGCAAGCAACUCCCUCAACCAACUAUAGACAAUAUCGAGUUGAGGAUUUGUGGUGAUAAAGCUCUUCUAGAUGAAGACACGCCCAUUGAGAUAAUAGAGAUGUACGUUCGCUGAACAUGUUUUCAUUAGUAUAUACACUAUAAUAAUAGUUAGCGCUAGAUCAAUGGAGUAUAGAAACUGAAUAAUAGCAUGCAGUCUAAAAAUAAUAUUAUGAUAGCAUUAUUGUAGCAAUUAUUCCCUACCUAACUUUUUUACAGAGCUGUUUAUACUUAAACCAUGCAGCAAACUUGUUUAGUCGCUAUUGCCGGAUGCCCGUGCAAAUAAUAUUAAUGAGUGAAACUAUAGUGGUACAUGAA